GUUCUCUAUUUAUGAAAAUCCAAGUAAGUAUGUUGAGUAUAGGUAUUUGUUAUUUAAAAAUGUAUACUAACAUAGGUAUUAAAUAUAGAAAAAAAUAUUUUAAAAAAAGAGGACUGCCUCUAAAUAUAUGACAUUAGUGGUGAGUUUCUUCAAUAAAUCAGGUUGACAGAGCUUCUUAUGAUAGAGAAAUAUCUAAGGUUCACAUUGUUGUUGCAAGACGGGAAUGGCUGGUGUGAUGCAUCUAUUUGCAACCACCAGCUUAUUUCGCGACAUGUACUUCAGUCGCAUUAAACAUCAGGCAGGAUGGGUUAAUAUACGUAGGCUAGGGCCUUUGAAUUGUAUUCUUCUGUUAUUAGAACAGCACUUGGCCGAAAGUGAAGCAGUGUUGGACCCGAAAGGAGAGCUGCUGUUAAAAUGGAGAGUGGACUAUUCGAUUCGGCGGAUUCAGUUCGAGAUAGUAUUGUCACGGAAGGCGCCAGAAUUCGAUUGGUUUGCUUUAGGAUUUUCCGACAGAGGCGAACUGAAGAACUCCGACGUGUGUCUAUUGUGGACGGAUUACAAGGGGCGUGAUCACUUCGAGGAUAUGCACGCAGAUGCUCACGGGAAACUUUUUCGAGACCGGCAGCAAGAUUGUGAGAGAUUCCAUUUAAACAGCCAAUCGAGAAGUAUUGUUUUCGAGCGGUCCUUUGACACCUGUGACAAAGAUGACUAUGUCAUCGAGGAUGGUACCGUCCACGUGGUCUGGGCUCGUGGACUCGACAAGUUGUAUUCAUCCAAAGGGUUAUGUUUAACCGCCACCUCUUCGAGCGACCAUGGCUUUAUAAGAGUCAGGCUGUGGACUCCACCAAACCAACCUAAAACAACAGGCCAAGAGCUGAAAAUCACCAACAAUAAUUUAAAAGUACCCGAAUCUGACACUACUUAUUGGUGUAAAAUAUUUAAACUACCAGAUUUUGUGACUGAACGUCCACACCAUAUUACACAAUUUGAAUCUUCCAUCACGAAAGGCAAUGAAGGUUUGGUACAUCACAUGGAAUUAUUCUACUGCGAUGCCGAGCCUAACUUGGAGAUGCCACUUUACGAAGGCAAUUGUUUCGCCAAUGACCGACCCGAAAUUACCCGGCGCUGUUCGAAGGUUAAAUCAGCAUGGGCAAUGGGGGCACCACCUUUUGUUUAUCCAGGAGAAGCAGGAUUGCCACUAGGAGGGCCUCAAGCAAACAAAUACGUCAUGUUAGAAGUGCAUUACAAUAAUCCCGAACUGAGAAAAGACUGGGUUGACAGCUCCGGUAUCGUAGUGUAUAUAACAGCUGAUUUACGCCGCUACAACGCCGCCGUUAUGGAACUCGGACUAGAAUACACGGACAAAAUGGCCAUACCUGCGGGGCAAAAUACGUUCCCGCUGACUGGACAUUGUAUACCACAGUGCACCGGCGUGGGCUUACCCCCUCGUGGGAUCGUAAUUUUUGGCAGCCAACUUCACACUCAUUUGACUGGCGUCGCUGUUUGGACGCGUCAUUUCCGCCAAGGCAUAGAACUGCCAGUAUUGAACAAGGAUAUGCAUUACUCUACACAUUUUCAAGAAAUACGAAUUUUACACCGGCCUGUUAAAGUUCUACCGGACGAUUAUUUGCAAACGACAUGCAUCUAUAACACAUUAGAAAGAGAGAACGCUACGAUUGGCGGCCACGCUAUAACCGACGAGAUGUGUGUUAAUUACAUUCAUUACUACCCCGCCACCGAUCUUGAAGUGUGCAAGAGUGCCGUAUCGAACCUCGCUUUGGAAAACUACUUCAAGUUUGAAAAACAAUGGGAUAAUAUGACGAUAUCUUAUGAAGGCAGCCCUCGUGAAAACUACUUAGCUGUCAACCCGUGGACUCCUCUACGCGCCAACGCCUUGAACGAACUUUACACGGAAUCGCCGAUAUCGAUGCAGUGCAAUAAAUCUGAUGGGAAUAGGUUUCAGGGUGAUUGGGAAGGAUUACCAUUGCCGAGAAUCAAAGUCACAUUGCCCAUCAAAAACAGGCAUUGUUAAAUAAUACCCACGUAGGUUUAAGCAAUGAAUAAUAGCCACAGUAUAUAAUAAUUUGUUCAGUAGAACGACGCCUUUGAUCUAGUGGUGAAUAGCGAUGAAUACAUUUUUACUCGGGUUUUUGCUGUUGUGCUAUUUCGUAUCUACCCACUAUAGAGUGUAGUGUGCACAGCACCUAUAAAAGCAAAAAGGGAAACCCCAGACUAUUGCAUUGUAUAGUCUGCUUCGCUAGAAUCAGGCAUCCGUAUGAAAUAUAAUUUCAUUACUCUUUGGUCUGUGUUAUAGGAAUCUCACAAAAGCACUUUCCUGCUUUUUCAAUGUACUAUGAUCGAUUAUAUAAUAAAAACAAAAGCAGUUUAAUGCUUAAAUAAUAUAUUAUUCAUUAUUUUUCGUUAAAUAUUAAUAUUAAGCAUUUUAAAAAAUAAAAUACACCAUAAAUAGAGUUGUAAAAAAAACUAUAUUAUUACAUGGGUAUAUUCUGUUUUCCUUUAAGUAGGGGAAGGUCGGGCAAAAUGACCUUAAGAUAUUUAAGGCUUUAGCAGAAAAAGCAAAAUAAAUAGCACAAAUAGGUCUUUAUUUAUUGGUUUUACAAUAACCAUCAUCAGUUAUAAUCAAACAAUUAUGAAAUGCGAAUAAAAUUUGAUAGACAACGAAAUUAUUCUCUUUGCCCAGAUCCCCGGGCAAAGCGGAUACAGUACUCGGGCAAAGUGAAUACAUACAUUUUAUUGUUAUUAACUCUAUCUCCUGAUCUUCAGUAAAACAGGAUAGAAUCGGCCCAGUCUAAGAGCCGCGCUACCAGUUUUCACAUAUCUGUACAAGGUUGAAUAGGCCAACCCAUACUUUUUAGCUGUGUCUUUUAAUGAUUCUCCAGCUUUGAACAAAUUAACAACUGUUUGCAUGACAUUUUACCCUUACCCCACGAGCAUUAUUAAGUUUUUUUUAUAUUUAUUUACCCUGUGAAACAAAUAAAGGACAUUACAAGAUCGCAAGUUAAUAAUCAAGCAAUUACGGACAAAGUGGAUACCAUACUCACUUUGCCCAAUUAAAAAACUUCAAAUUUCAUUAAAAAACCUAAUAAUUCUGACCUUCUGUUCAAUAUACUAUAAAAACCUAGUUAAUAAGCUAACGAAUCAAAAUAUAUCUAAUGGUCAAGAACUAAUAAUACUGGAAAUAAUAUCAAUAUACUUACCUUGCAAAAUCAGUCUUUUUUCACAAAAAUACAAAUCUCCACUUUGUCAGCGGCCCACGACUUGGUCCCUCGCUCUUGUGUUUUCCGCGCACUGACCCAAGGUGACCGAACGUUACAAUAGUGGCGUGUUGAACCACACACGAAUAAUUUAGGAGUAGUGAGGAGUAUUCGCUUUUCCCAGUAUAUUGACUUUACCCGGCCUUCCCCUACCUAUUGAUUUUGUAGUUCGUUUACUGGGCACAUGUUGGAUUUGCAAUAAAUAUGUUAACAAUUUGUAAUUUACGAAAAGAGGACAAUAUAAAUUAUCAAUAUAAUAAUAUGGUGAUAAUUUAGUGAUAACAAGUAAAAUGCUAUAGAUAAGUAAAUAUAUAUUAACAGAGACCUUGUUAACGUAAUAUUUAAG